AUAUCUUCCAACACAUCCGCCGCUUCCUGGCCGGCCCGGGAAGGCGCCUCAGGCCCCGCAGCACACCGCACCGCUACCCGCACAUCAUCACCGCCAUCCUCCGAUUACAGCCACCGCUCCCCGGCGUCAGUCUGCGGAGGAGCCGCCGCCGGUAUGAGCGGAUGAAAGCCACCAACGGUCAACAGAAGUCGCUGCCAGCCGCAGCAGCAACAAGCAGUAAAUCUCCCAGUUCUGCCCCGGCGCCGGGGCCGGAGGGAGGGGGAAGGUGGAGCCGGAGGCGUUGCGGCCGUGGUGAUGGUGUUGGACUCCAGUGAAGUCUUCAUGGAUCAGGUUGAGGGUGAGAGCGGCAGGGAGCCGGAUGUCCGAGCAGAUCCACCUAAAGCCGGCGCCGUGACGCCCAGGACGCCGGCCAAGAGGAGCGGCGCUGCCAAGAAGGGGAAGGUGUCCCACAACGGACUCCCGGUCCAAACCAACAGCAGCCAGGUAGCAGACAGGAGGUCAUCCAAAGGCGGCGCCACGCCCAGAGGCGGCGCCACGCCCAGACCGCCUCUCCGCCGCCCCCUCAGCCUGGAGAUGACGCCCCAGCGGCUGCGAGGGUCCCAGGAGCAGAUGGUGGACAGGCGGAUCGUGCAGCCUCCUUGGCGCAGCGGGUCGGCCGCCCCCUCGCCGCCGGCUCGCAGCCUCACCAGCCCCAGCCUCGGCGUGGGCGGCUGGAUGCGCCGCAGCGAGAGCACCUGCUCCGUCAACUACUCCCUCGGGCUGCGGGCCGGCAGGGGGCAAAUGCGACCCGCCACGUCCCUGCCUCACAUAGCGAAGGGCGUGGGGAGCGCGGCGCCGCCCGGAGCCGCGAGGCCCUGCCUGCUCGUCGCCCUCCGGCCGCUCAACCUGGAGCAGGAGAAACAAACCUUCUUCCAGUCCGACUACAAGUACGAGCCGCAGUUCGAGUACAUGCAGCCCGAGCCGAGGAGCGUGCUGGAGAAGUACCGGGAGGGCUCGGGACUCUUCCUCGAACAGGCGGUCGGAAUCAUGGAGUGCGUCCUGAGGAAGUUCGGCUCCUAUGAGAACUUCGAGGAAGUGACGGGCGGCAGCGUCCUCCCGAAAAGUCAAGUCUGGGCGGCCGUACGUAAAUAUCUGCAGAAGGAAGGCUGCGUGGGAGAGGUUGUGGUGCGUCUGUCUGACGAGCUGCUAUCUCAGGCGGUGAUGGUGGUGGAGAGCUGCCGUCCCACUCUGACCAUCAACCUGGCCGGAGCUCGGCAGCACUGGCUGGAGGGGAUGCUGAGACACGAGAUAGGCACACAUUACCUGCGAGGGGUGAACAACAACCUGCAGCCGUGGUCCACCGCAGACGGCAGGAAGCAGUUCGGCCUUAAACCGGCCAAUCCCACGGAGGAGGGCCUGGCCAGCCUGCACAGCGUGUUGCUACGGAAACAGCCCUACCUGUGGCGAGCGGCUCUGCUCUACUACACGGUGUACCACGCCACCAGCAUGAGCUUCAGCGCGCUCUUCAGCCACAUCGCUCGCUUCGUCCAGGACCCGGACGUCCGCUGGGAGUACUGCCUGCGAGCCAAGAGGGGACAGACGGACACCUCGCAGCCCGGUUGCUUCAGUAAAGACCAGGUUUACCUGGACGGGAUCCUCCGAAUCCUCCGGCACCGAAGGGCCAUCGACUUCAAGAUGUUGACCUCUUUAGGAAAGGUGUCUUUCGAAGACGUGGAGAGGCUUCGCCAUCUGGCCGUGUUCCCUCGGACCAGAAUCCCUCACUUCAUGCGAGACCAGGAGCGGUACCUGCAACAUCUGGAUCACAUCGUCGCCGUCAACGAACUGGACGACUCGGCGCUGGAGUACCUGCUGCCCUGACCUCGCCCCCCCGGUACACAGACUGUAUCAAUGUCACGCAAACAUCCAGUAUUAUCGACGCUUUACUUCAGGCCAUUUUUUUUAUGUAAAACUUGAAGGAUGCGGACAGAAAGGGACGCACACACUAACACCUCUAUCUACAUUUUCACUUUUGUCGAAUGCAUGCGGCUCCCACACAGAGCCGAGUACAGUUCACGUGCCCCCCCCCAACCCCAACCCCUCUCUUACUAUGAAGUUACCUCAAUACUGCAACUCUACGAUGUAACCAACAUUAUAUAUGUAGUCUCAUACAUAAUCAGCCUGUACACGCCGCUCGUGUGCGGAUUCAUAAUCACUCGCUUUAUUUAUGCAAUUAUUUAAGUUUUUGUUACGUUGAGAGAACAAACUGAAUGUCUCUGGUUUUAGCUUUAUACCGUUUUUGUUUUUAUGCCUUAGAUCGUUUGCAUUUCAAAAAGGGCACCAAGGACAUUUCCAAACCCGGAGGAAGUCGGAACUGAGACCGUGAAUCCUUUUAAGACGUAUUAAGUGCCAGUGGACUCGGUCAGGAGAACUUCCCCCGGGGGGUUUUAAAUUAUCAGUGUUAUUAAUUAGAUCCUCAGCCGCGUUGGCUCUUGUCUUAACGGUGUCCUUGGUGGUCUUUUGAUAUCAAUAUGCUACUGUGAUGUGACCCGUCCCCGAGCCCCCCCCACCCCUCUCUUCUGCAGCAACCAAACUUUCUCUCGCAGCGUUAAAGGAAAUAGUUCAUUCGCUCUCUUGCAGGAAGGUAGAUGACACAGUGUGAUAUUUAUGAGAAAUCAAUAUCUUUUUUUUUAAGAAAUCGUUUACAGGAGUUUUUCUUGGUCAGUGUUUACGGGAGACUCUGCGUCAGCUCGCUUUCGUGGCUUCAGCGACGAGUAAAUAUCAGUUCAAAUCAAGUCGAGUUUAUUUUAUUUUACUGACAGUUCCUCUUCUAACCUACAAACAACAUACAAUUAACAAUCACCAACAGUAACGACAAAUUGGACUGACUGGCUGGAUGAAUGUGACCGUCAGUUUGCUGCAUGUGGAGUGAACAGGAAUUAUCUCUGAUUAAUACUUUAAUGAAAGAGUUCUCAUUGGAUUUUUGACAGCAGCAGCUUGUUGCACAUAUCUGCUUUAAGUUAUUAAUGAUUCAGGACAAACUCGGCAGCGCUCCGAAAUACACAAAACGUUCAGAGCUGUUGUUCAUAUCCGUUAUCAGUUACUGACGGUUCAUCUUCAGGUCAUUUCAACUGCUCGUAAUACAGCACUUAGUGAAUUUUCUAUUUGUAGCUGAAGACAGAAUAGAGACCAGAGAGAGGGAAGCAGCUUGACGUUGACUCUGUCCAAACUGUGGCGAGUGGCCAUUGUUCAAUCAUAUCUUAGAAACUGCAGGUCUGUCAGUCUGUGGAUUUCUCCGUAACGUAACAGUGACGAUGGUGAAGGUUGUGUAAACGGCAUAUUCCCUUCCCAUAUUCCUAAUUAGGCCUCAUCCCAAAUGUAGUUUACCUGUUUACACUCCACUCUGUGUUGUAAACAAACCAACUAGCCAACAGUUUACAAGGCUGCAGUAAAGAUGCAUGUAUGAAAGAAAAGUCCGGUCGGAAACAUUGUGAAAGGUUUGGAUUUGAAGAAGGUGGUUGAGCGAAUGAAAGAGGGAGGCUGCGUUCGCACGGUCGAGGCGCCAGUGGUGGAAAACUGAGCAACAGUUUGAAAAGGAGGGAAAUACAGAAAGUUAUUAACAGUUUACGGGAAUAUUAGUGGAAUAAUUAUUGUCAGUAGACGUUGUGAACACCUCAGUAGAAAUAUUGUCUUUUUCGGAAUAAGUAUUUGUCCCUCAGAGGCCACGCCCUUAAUUAUUCAUGACUUUAAGCCGUAAUAUAAUUUAAACAGGUGAGUUAUAUAUAAAUAUAUAUAUAUAUAUAUAUAUAUAAAUAUUCACCCCCCCGUACACUCGUGAACAUGUAAAUUAACUACAGAGACCAAAACAGUUUUUGGAACCAGGCUGUAAACGUGUUUAUUGCUGCUGUUAAUAUGGAGCCUUAUGGAGACUGACUCACUGCUGGAGCCUCUAGUGGCCGUUAGAGGAACUGCAGAGCCAAGGAGCACGUAAUUAACUAAUUACAUUAGUGAGACGGGUUACAGGUUGUGAUCAGACGGACCUGGAUGCUAUUAGAGGUAAUGCUAACGUCAGCAGCUCACAGUGGAAACCAAAGUUACGUUUGCCAAACACGUACAUACAAUACGCGUCUGUAACAACCUGUAAGAUCAUAUUUAAGAUAAGCAGCCAAACGGGUUUUGUUAACGAAGUCAGAUUUUACAUUUUUCUUACUGAUAACUUUUAAUAAUAAUAAUAAUAACCCUGUUUCUUUAGUAUUUUAGCACUAUAUAAUGUAUGUAGCCAUCGAGUGCAUUAACCCUUUUUACAGGAUUCUCGUUUUAAAGAGUCAUUAAAAAGCCAGAGACGCAGUUUUUAACCAGUUUAUAGAAAUAACAUGAGCUCAGUAAGCUAGCCAGUUACAGCUCAUACAACCUGCUAACGACUGAAGUUGCUUUUGUCUACCUCCGUCAGAAAUCAGAAAGAACCAGUCACUGCAACGGUAGAUCUGCUGCCAUUAUCCACGUUACGCUCACAGGACUCGAAGUAAUCCCGCACACAGUUUGGACAGAACCAGGUUGCUUCAUAUUCAGAGUGGUUUUGAUCUUCUCCUCUAACUCUCUGCAAGAAAGCGAAGUCCCCAAAGUAUCAAACUAUUCCUUUAACAUGUAGAUAAAGUGCCAAAGUGGCAUUAAAAAAAAUAAAUAUAAAAAUACUGUCGGGUUGUUUGAGAAGCGGCCGGUCUUUGUCGCUCCUCGCCGGCGGAGGAGGAGGAACAGCGAGGGUGUUGUGGGCGUGCCUUCGAUGGGUGUAGAAGCUCAUCAGCUGUAGCUAGCCGUGUGUUUGUAGGCUGCUUUUUACUGUGUUUGACACUUAAAAGACUUCAGAUGUCAGUCAGGGCAUUCAUUUUGGGCCAAGCCGUCUGUGAGCAGAAACCAGGUCACAACAACAACAAAAAAAAAAAAGGACUAAACAGCAACAGUAGUCCCAGUUUUUAACCUGAAAGAAAAACUAAAUGUGAAUUCUACUUCUGUGAUGCAUUUUAAAUACUUGGAAUCAGAAGCCGGACGUGUAAUUGAAAUUCACUCUGCUGUGUUUACAAUGUCAGCCAUUUUGGUAAGCAGAUGACGUUUUAAAUUGGAGCAGGUUGUCGUCUGCUGACCUCACCAACCGCGGCCUGGAUUCGCCUCAACGAAUGCACCUAUUUGUAACGCACGAAUGUUGCACAAGUGUUUUAUGUUCUGGAAAAACACCUUGACUUUCCAGUUUAUUUAUUAAAAAGUACACACACUUAA